UACUGUCAAAUAAAAACAAAAUUGGAAAUUCGCUUUGGAAGCGUUAAUAAAAUUGUUUGAAUAAAAUUUAAAGUGUUCAAAACAUACUUCACAACAAAAAAAUCAAGGAAACAGCGUCACAUAAGUUUGCGAUGUCCCAAAGUGAACUCCUUUACAUGAAAGGGAUGAACAUUUCGGAAUCUGAGGGCGAUGAUGAUGAUCAGUGGGAUGACAAGAAACUGAAUGAUGCGUACGACAAGGCCGUGCGGAUUGCUAACGUAGAGGUGGCGAAGCGAGUGGCUAUGUCGACAAACACUGGAAGUUCUACAGUUGAACCUGCAUUUUUCUCUAAAAAAGAGAAGUUAUCAGCAAAGUCGUCUAAGAAAAAAGUUCCAAUCCCGAUUGUUCCCAACAAUACUACGGAUGAAAGGCCUAAGGAAGUCAGGUGGAAACCUGGUAUGCCCUGCCGCUUGAUUUACGUAGAAGACGGCUUGGAGUAUGAAGCGGUUGUACUUAGAUUUAUUGAAAAUGAUGAGUGCGUAGUUAAAUAUUUAGGCUAUGAUAAUCAAGAGAUAGUGCCUAUAGAAUCAUUGAAACCGUCCCUCGGCAAGGAGGCUAGAACGCGCCAGAUUAGAGAAGCAAGGAGAGCACAGACUGAGGACAGUUACGGCAGUCUGUCACCGAAUAUUGAAGGUGUGGAUUGCAGUGACAGGGUUGCAAGUCCUGAUAGCAUAGAUAGAUCAUCACAGAAAAAGAAAAGACCUUCGAAAAAGAAGAAGAAUCAACCUAGGAACUUGAACAUCAAUGGCUUUGAUCUGCCAGAGAUACCACCUAUGCCUAACUUGUCUAUGCUAAGACAUUUACAGCAGCUAGGCUCAACAGAGAUGCCUAUGCCGCCUCCGCCGAUGGCAUUCUCGUCGGUCGACCGAACAGACUCGGAGGAACAAGCUAUAUCGUCUAUGCUUCUCAGCUGGUACAUGAGCGGGUAUUACACAGGGCUAUAUCAGGGAUUAAAAAGAGCAAAGGAAGGACGCAGAAACUAGGCUAAAAAUAAAUAGUGUGUUUUAUGAAUGAAUUAUGCAAUAAAAGAAGUUUUCUUUUUUAAA